GCUGCCCGGCCCCGCCCUCACCUGCCCAGGUAGCUUCAGCCUCGUCUCGGCUCCAGGUGCAGCUCCCUUGUCUCUGGGGCCCCAAGAUGCUGCCCGGGCUCCAGGUGCUGCUGGCAGGGCUCUGCCUUCUUGCCCCCCUGGUCUCCGCCCAGGCAGAUGGGAAUGACCCCUUCCACUACGACUGGCACCGUCUGCGCAUGGGAGGCCUGGUGGUGGCGGCCGUGCUCUGCGUCAUGGGUAUCGUGGUGCUGCUGAGUGGGAAGUGCAAGUGCCGCCGUGCCAGCCGCCGCCCCCCAGAGACCUCCAAGCUUCUGGUGCCAGGAGCUGCCAGUGCAUGAUGCCCCUGGAGACCUCCUUGUCCCGCCCCCCACGUAAUAAACGGCUGCCCUGAGGUCAA